AUGACUACGACUUCUGGCCUUGCUCGGUCAUCUUCACCCUCAUCGGCUUUUGAGUCUGCUGCUGCACUUGCACCCAUCGCUCAGAUACAUCAGCACAGCCAAGAACACGCCGCACUCCCACUUCAUCGCCUCGAAAGCAGCAGUGGUAUCCUUUUAUCUUCAACUCAAAAGCCAAACACGACUGCAACUUCUACCGUUGGGACUCAUACAUCAGGAUACGAUAUUGCUCUUGUUCACCAUCGUAACAGUGUUGAAUAUCGCGCAGGCUACAACAGUCCAUUCGUAUCGGAUUUGCCAGCCAGUGACAAUAAUACUUAUACCGGACGACCUGUCCUUGACUCUAGUCGUCGUUAUUCCAGCGGACAAGGCAGCAUUCAUCCAAGCCCAUUCAUUGAGGGAUCUGCUACUAUUGCAAGCAGGCGACAAGCCAAACUUGGUGGACAGAUACCAACACUUGCACCAACACUCGAGACCCCAGCUUCCUCAGCUAUUAGGAAUUCGAAUAGCAGUAUAAACGCAGCUGCGGCCGAUUUUCAUUCGUCAUUCGAUCAAGAUUUUCAGCAUCACCCACACCCUCAAAGCAGCCACGGAGCAUUUGGCUCAGGGCCACAUUCACCUGCAUAUUCGAUCUCGUCCUUAUCUGGGAUUAUCCCAGGCUCGGCAUCUAUAUCCAGCAUCGCUAGCACUGCACAGACAAAGCCCCCGGCAUUAGAGCACAAACAUCCGAUCACUAUCAAGGAGUUUGAGAAUAUCCUUAUUCUAGGACCAGCACAACAGGUCGCCAUCAAAACACUUUGCUCACCAAGGAUUUUGAGCAGGAUUGACACCAUUGGCUGGUAUUCCAUACUUGGUGCGCAGAAAUUUCCCACAAUCAAUUCUAGUCAGGACGCAUACGAUAUCGAGAUGGCAACUACGUAUGCAGCAAUUGAGUUUGGUUCCAACAAUCCACAGACCCAAAACUUCAAUACACUUGUAUUGCAACUAAUUUCGCAACUAAAGCUUAUCAAAGAUCAGGACUACAAAGGUGAUAUACCCAAUCAUGCCUACAACGCCUUGUUUUUGACGCGGAUCUUUUUAAAUCACUUCAUUUCGCAUUUGUCAUCAACGGAAAUGGUCGCUUUCUUUGAAGGAUCAAAUCUUUCAGUUGAAGCCCAGCAGGAGGCAUUGGGCAUAGUUUCUUUCAAAGGAUGUAAAAUCGGAGUGGACCAGACUUUGGUUUCCGAUCCUAGAUCGUAUGCGGAGCAAUUAAUUCAAGAAGUUCUAGGAAUUAUUCUGAAUUUAGAUGCGGGGUCUACCUCAUCUGCAUAUGAAUUCUACGAGGAGACGCUCAAUUUGAUGAUUGUGAUGUCAUCAACCCAACUUCAAUUGACUAGUGCAGAGCCAAAUGAGAAAAACUAUUUUUUGAACCUCGUACUCCAGAACUUUAGGUCAGCACAUGUCUGUGGGAGUUAUUCAGAGGCUUACUACCGCGUUAGUGAAGAGGAAGACUGA